AUGGCUAACCCAAGAGGAAAAUACAAGGCCAUCAUACUAAGAAGUGGGAAGGUAGUGGAGGAGGCUUCCUCAAACCACAACUUGCAAGAAAAAGAAGCUGUAAAUGACUCAGAGACCAAGAAGGAAGAAGAGACACCUGAUCUAGCUUCACCAAAGCAAGUCUUAAAGCCCUAUGUACCAAAAGUACCCUACCCACAAAGGCUGAGAAAAGAUGGGAAGGACAACCAGUUUUCUAGGUUCUUAGAGAUAUUUAAGAAGCUUGAAAUUAACAUACCUUUUGCUAAGGCAUUAGAGCAAUUGUCACUCUAUGCCAAAUUUCUAAAGGAGCUCAUGACAAGGAAAAGAAAUUGGGGAGAAAAGAAAACUGCAGUACUCACAGAGGAAUGCAGUGCCAUCAUACCAAAGAAGCUUUCCCAAAAGAUAAAAGACCCUGGGAGCUUUCAAAUCCCCUGCAUCAUAGGGGAUAUCAAUAUUGAGAAAGCAUUAUGUGAUCUGGGAGCUAGCAUCAACCUUAUGUCCUUAGCCAUGAUGAAAAGAAUGAGAAUUGAAGAAGCCAAACCAACAAGAAUGGCACUUCAAUUAGCUGAUAGAACAUUCAAGUUUUCUCAUAGAGUGGUGGAGGACUUGUUGGUCAAAGAGGGGGAGUUUAUCUUCCCAGUUGAUUUUGUUGUACUUGAUAUGGAGGAAGAGGCUAACACAUCAAUCAUACUAGGAAGACCAUUCCUAGCUACAGCUGGAGCUAUAAUUGAUAUACAAAAGGGAUAG